UCUACGGCAGGAGGCGGGUCUCGGGCUCGUGCUCUGACUUUAAUACAGGAAUGCACCGGAGGUCUCCAGCAGCUCCUGUACUUCCUAAAGAUGGACACCUGGAUGUGUGUUUAUGUGAUAGUGUUACUACUGUUGUCCGAGAGCUUCGCGUAUGACGGCUCUGGAUACUGGCCGUACACAGAUGAUGAAGAUGUGCGAUACACAGGUGUGCCAUGGUGCGCCCCGGUAAAGGUCAAACAUGGGCACGUCAGCUGCCAGACGCCACGUGGAGAGCGUUACAAGAACGUACUGGGAACCCGGUGCAAGAUCCGAUGUAAGACGGGCUAUGAGAUGCACGGCAGCAGCGAGAUCUUAUGCAUGAACAGCAAGCAGUGGUCAGGAAACUACGCUUGCAGAGAGGUCCGCUGUCCUAAACUGACCAUGCCGUCUAAUGGAGGAUAUAAGUGUUCGGACGGGUCUUACUUUAACUCACGCUGUCAGUUCUUCUGCUCGCCGGGGUACACCAUGCGUGGAGACCACAGCGUCACCUGCCAGAGUAGCAGAACGUGGAGCGGGGGCAACAGUGUGUGUCUGGACAUGGAUCCUCCUGCUAUUAAGUGUCCUAAUGUAAAGGAGAAGACAGCUGAACCUGGAAAACUGACAGCCAAGGUCACAUGGGACACGCCAGAGGGCAAAGACACAGCAGAUGGCAUCUUAACAGAUGUUGCAUUGAAAGGAAAGCCUCCAGGCACUCACUUCCCAGAAGGGAAUCAUAAAUUAUCUUACACUGUUUUUGACCGGGCUGGGAACAAAGCGACCUGCCGAUUCAAUGUCCGAGUGAAAGUGCGUCGCUGUACUCCUCUCUCUAUCCCUGACAACGGCUGGAUGAAAUGCGACAGCGCGGGUGAUAAUUACGGGGCCACGUGCGAAUUUCGCUGUCUGGGUGGUUAUGAGCUGAGGGGAAGCGCUGCCAGGGUCUGUCAGUUUAACAUGGAGUGGUCUGGCCUGGAGACUUCAUGUGUUGCAAUGAAUAUUAAUGUUGGUGUGAGGUCCGCUGCCGCUCUAUUGGAUCAGUUCUAUGAGAAACGGCGACUUUUGAUAAUCUCCGCCCCCUCGGCUGCCAAUCACUACUACAGAUUCCAAAUGACAAAUUUACAGCAUGCACAGUGUGGUCUGGACCUGAGACAUGUGACGGUGAUCGAACUGGUGGGGGUGUAUCCAGCUCAGAUUGGUCGUAUCAGGCAUAGACUUAUUCCUCCAGGAUUGUCCCUACAACUCAGGUUGCUACUCCAGCUGUCUCAGAACUCAUUUAACAUGGUUCUGCUGGAUAAACAGGGUGUGGAUAAGCAGCGCUACACUUUCCCAAUCACAGCAGCAGAGAUCUUUACCACCAUCGAUACCCUUCCUCUGCGUACCGAGGAGGCCUUGCUACAGAAAGAGGCUGGACACAACUGCUAGAUACACACACAAACAAACGACAUUCUGCAUCAUUUAUAAGCUUGUUUACCCAUGGGGAUCUCAAUUUAGGUCCCCAAGGUGACACAAGUCCUCACGAGUCUGUGUGCAUUCAGGUUGAAAUCCCCCACCAGGAUACAAAAACAAGUAUACACGCACACAUACAGUUUUUGAUUUUUUUUCUACUGGGUACAAAGCUGAGAGUGUCUGGAGCUCCUAAAUCUGAUCACACAUUGAAAACAUAAACAAAUACACAUGCAUUUGUAUAAACACAUUUGUAUAAACAAACACACAUUUUUAAAAUCGAAUGCAUGAGUGAGUCUCUGUUGUUGUCUUUUUUUAUAAUGCUCUGCUCUAUUAUAUGUCUUAUGUCUCUAUUUAUGUCAAAGUGGAGAGUCUGCAUCUCUCAAGAAAUACUGCCAAUGUUAUGUUAAAGUAAUAAAGGCUUUUUAAUGAUUGA